CCCCGCCGUGUCUUGUCCGCACCCGUAGCUGCCAAUAAAGUUGCAUUCUCAGCCAACCGGAAGGGGAACCGUAAUCCGCGCCGCCGCCGUCGUGAAAGCGCCGGUCUCCCCUAGCGACGGGCAACGCGGGCAAGAUGGCAGCACUGGUGGCGGCGGAGGCCGCGGCGCCUCCGGGCCCGACCGAGGCCUCCGAGACGGCCGAGGCGGCGGAGCUGAGCCGCGCCCUGAGCCGCCUGCUGCCCGGGCUGGAGGCCGACAGCAAGCUAAGCCGGCGGCGCGCGCUCGAGGCGCUGCAGCGCGCAAUCGAGGCGGCGUGGCCCAAGGAGCCCGCCGCCGACCCCGCCGCUGCGGCCGCAGCUUUCCAGGGCCCGUGGGCGCGCCUGCUGCUGCCGCGCCUGCUGCGCUGCCUUGCCGACCCGGCCGAGGGCUGCCGCGCGCUGGCGGCGCACCUCCUGGGCCUGGGCCUGCGGCGCGCCGCGCGGCCCCGCGACGCCCUGCCGCGCCUGCUGCCGGCGCUCGCCGCGCGCCUGGCCGGCCCCGAGUCUGAGCGCGGGCGGCCGCCCGAGGCCUGCGAGGAGCUGCGCCUGGCGCUCGUGCAACUGCUCAGCCUGGCGGUGCACCUGGGCGGCGCCGCGCUCGCGCCCCACCUGGACGACGCCGUGCGCGUGCUGCGCUGCACGCUGCUCGACCCCUUUGCCGCCGUGCGCCGCGAGAGCAGCGAGUGCGCCGCCAGCCUGGCGCGCGCCACGCCAGAUCAUUUCCACAUGCAGUCGGAGUCCUUGAUCGGCCCCCUGAUGCAGAGCGCCUCCCACCAGCACUGGAAGGUGCGGGUGGCUGUCAUUGAGGCCACUGGCGUUGUGAUCCAAUUUGGCAGCGCCAAGUCGGUGGACGACGUCCUCCCUCACUUGGCUCAGAGGCUCUUCGACGACGUCCCCCAGGUGCGGCAGGCGGUGACCCGCGUGGUGGGGGGCUGGCUGCUGGAGCUGCGGGACCGCUACUCCUUCCUGCACAAGCUCAUCCCACUGCUGCUUAGCAGCCUGGAGGACGAAAUGCCUGAGAUCGCGCUUGUGGCCACCAGCCUCUGGGAGAAGGCGGGCCUGCAGUGGCAGAGGGAGAACGAGGACGACCUCAAAGACAAGCUUGACUUCGCCUCCCCCCCUCCAGCCCACCACCCCUCGCCAGAGAAUCGCCCGGGGCUGGGCUGUCGGGAGCUCGUUUUCAGAAACCUCUCCAAGAUCCUUCCCGCCAUCUGUCACGACAUCACCGACUGGGUGGCGGGGACCCGGGUGAAGGCCGCACAGCUGCUGGCGGUGCUGCUGCUCCACGCCGAAGAGCACAUCACACAGCACCUGGAGGUCAUCCUGCGCACCCUGCAGCGAGGCUGUGCCGACGACGACCGGGCUGUGGUCAGCAGUUGCACCCGAUCUGCUGAGCUGGUCGGCGUGUUCGUCAGCCCGGAGGUGUUUCUGAAGCUGACCCUGCCUGCGCUGAAGAAGUCGCCGUCCCCCUCCGGCCUCCUGGUCUUUGCGUCCAUCGUCAGAGGGUGCCCUCGGGAGGCCCUCCGGCCGCACCUGAAUAUAAUCGCCACAGAGCUGGCCCGGCCCCACAUCUGUCAAGGCUCUGAAAACCGCCUAUACGGGGAACAUCUGCUGCUGUGCGUCCAGACGCUGGUGUCCGUGUGCCCGGGGGACUGCCGAGGGUGCAGCUUGCAGCUCAUGGAGGUGCUGGUGACCAUAGAGGCUCUGUCAGGUGCCACAGGCCUCGGCGACAAGGUCCAGGAGACCAUGGAUGCACUGGCCGCGGCCCAGGACAUGGACAGCAGCCAGGACCUCUACCGGGAGCACGCAGGCCCCCUCAUGGAGUGGCUGGCCGCCUCGCACCUUGACUGGACCGUCCACUCGGCAGAGCUCCUGCAGUUCACCGUGCUGCUCGCCCACGCAGGCCCCGCACUGGGAGAAGUGCUACCCCACCUGGUGGCUGUCCUUAGGAGCUGCCUCCAGCCGGCCCGCGACCCGCAAAUGCGCCUCCGGCUCUUCUCCUCCCUGUCGCAGCUGCUGCUGAGCGCGCAGCAGACGGUCGACUCCCAGGGGCACUUUCACCACUACCUCGACACUGUGACAAAGGACAUCUUGGUCCCCAACCUGCAGUGGCAUGCGGGGAGGACGGCCGCAGCCAUUCGCACGGCGGCUGUUUCCUGCCUCUGGGCACUCAUCAGCAGUGAUGUCCUGACGGAGGAGCAGAUCCGGAAGGUGCAGGAAACGCUGAUGCCGCAGAUUCUAACUUCCCUAGAAGAGGAUUCUCAGAUGACUCGAUUAAUUUCGUGCCGAAUCAUGACCACGUUUCUGAAGACCUCUGGUGGUGCGGCUGACCCCGAUAAGCUCAUCGGGAUUUACCCCGAACUCCUGAAGCGUCUGGACGACGUCUCCCACGAAGUGAGGCUGGCAGCUGCCUCCAGCUUGGUCACGUGGCUGGCGUGUGUCAGAAACGACGAUGGGAAGUCCUACUACCAGAGCCACAUUCAGUUCCUGUACAGAGAGCUCCUCGUGUACCUCGACGACCCAGAUGGCUCUGUCCAGGACGCAGUUUUAGAGGUCCUCAAAGCAGGCAGCGCUCUGUUCCCUGAGCUCCUGGCGCGAGAAACCGAGGCCGUCGUCCACAAGCACCGCUCCCCGGCCCUCUGCCAGCAGCUUCUACAGCACCUGCAGGCCCUGCCACCCACCCAGUGAGCGCGGCCCGUGCUGGGGGGCCCCGAGCUCCCAUCCACCCCCGGUCCGGGCUCAGGCCCUCCACCCCACAGCAGGGCACCUUGCUGUCAACAGCCUGGGACGUUCAUGGGCAGGAGUGUUCCGAAAGUGCACGCAAGAUUCUCCGAGACACUUCCCGGGCCCCACAGUUUCUUGAAAUAACAUUCGAUGAGUGGUUUCUUUGCGUUUAUGUCUUAUGUAUGCAGUUCAUUGACAGAUCGCCCCAAAAUCUACGGUUGAUUUGAAAGUAGAACAAAAUGGCACCUGCUUACCCUGGCAGCCGAAUCAGCCUGUCUGUCUCGCAGCGACAUGCACCUGCUGCGCUCGUGGGUCAGUGUCUCUGUCAUGCGUAAAUGCCCACCCCACCCAGAAAGUUCUUGACUCCUUUUCUUCCAAGCAAAAGUUAUGAAAAAGAAAUUUCAUUCUUUUUUUGGGUUGUGUCUACUAAAACUUAGCAGGCAGUCAACACACUAAAAGGAAUUUAAAAUCUUUAUCAGUUACAGUUUUCCAUUUAAAAUAUCCUGGAACUCAGAGUGUUACGUGGAUACAUUUGGUCAUGAUGUUUCUUCUUAGAAACAUGCAAACAGUGUUGAAAAUAGGGUAUUUAAUCAGAUGUAAUUUUGGUAGCUCUCUUACAUAAGCAGCAGUAAAGCAAAAUUGCAUUUUAUUCUCUAGCACUUUCUACACCCAAGUGCCUAAAAAAUUUUAUUUUAAAUGGAUAUUAUUUCCAUAAGCCAAAUAUUUAUGUUAAUGGGAAAAAUACUGUGUGUAUUUUCUAACAAUCAAAUAUGAACAUUUAUGCUUAGAGUUUGAGAAUUUAAUUAAAAAUAAUUUAUUAUAA